AUGACUUGGGACGAGGACUACACUGCGGCAGGUCAGGGGCCACCCGCCCUCCGUAUCGGCAGCACUUCAACUCAAUUGAAGGCCGAAAGACGACACAUGCCUAUGCAAGGCGAUUCGGUUAACCGCGACGAGAUCGAAGACGGUAGUCGGGGCGAUGUUAUACUUUCCAGCAACUGUCUUAGGUCCACCCGUGACGACGAUGGCAGAAAUCUCAAAUUCGCGGUUGAGAAAUACGACGGCGACGAUUGGAGUGGCUACAGACUCCGCGACGUUGAAACCCAGGAGUUGGUAACUGUUGAUGGCGAUUGGGUGCGCCUUCAUCCCGAGGGCGACAAACCUGAGGAAGAUACGAUCAUGAUGUUCAAAGAGUUCGAAGAAGAUUCUGGACGGACAGCAUGGUUGAUGUGGUUCAAGAGUCGAGGCUCCGUUGUCCAUCUCAAUGACACCGGAUAUCUGAACCUCAAAGAUUCUGGCAGACAUGCGUUGUUUAACUUUUAUGACGGGAACGAGUCAACGUCGAGCAGCAUAAAAGCAGAUGUAGAUGCGGGAGAUUUUUCACGGUUUGAAAUAAGAUCUUGA